AUGUCAUUCGAUGUUUCACGUAAUUUCAUUGACAAAUCCAUCUCAUUGUAUCGUGGUGAUCUGCGCGAUGUGCCCGAGCAAAGACCAACAUCAGUACGAGUUUUUAUUAGCUCAACAUUUACAGAUACGAUCGACGAGCGCGAUUCACUCAUCAGGAUUGUAUAUCCAAAAUUACAAAAAUAUUGUCUUGAAACUUAUAACGUCCAGUUUCACUAUUCUGACAUGCGUUGGGGUAUCCCAGAUCAAUCUAUAAAUGAUCAUUCAACUGAAGACAUGUGUUUACAAGAAUUAGAUCGAUGUUGCCAGCUGUCUCUAGCUACGAACUGCGUUAUUUUGUUAAGUCAUCGAUAUGGAGGUCGGAUGUUACCCGUGCGCAUCAGAGAACAUCUAUUUAAUGAGCUUCAAACUUUCAUUUUCGAUGAAGAAGACAAAAGUCUUCUCAACACAGCCUAUCGACUGGACACAAAUCAGACAUACCUCUCGAACGAACAAUCAAUGGAGUAUAGUUAUGUUCUGUUGCCAGUCAAUCCUGAAGCAAAAACACAAUGGAAAAAAGAUGAAAAGAGGUUACAAGAAGUCCUGCGUUAUGCUUCAGCGCGUUGUUUCGAAAAUAAGAAAAUUAGUGAAAACGAACGAAAUGAGUUUCACAUAUCUACAACAGCAAAAGAAAUAUAUCGAGCACUUCAAAAUAACGAACACCGUCAACAGAGAAUGGUUGUUUUCUUGCGGGAAAUUGAAGACAUAGCUUGCGUGGAACCAGAUCUGAAAUCAAAGUUCACCGAUGAAAAAUUUAACUCUACUGAAGGUAGCAAUGUAGAGGCACAGAAGUUUCUUGCUGAACUUAAGACAUAUAUUAAAAGUAAACUCUCCGAACACAACAUAUUCACAUAUAAGGUGCAUUGGAAAGAUGAGUCAAGCAAAAGAGAAUAUUUAAACGAAUUUCUAGCAAGAUUCUAUCAAGUUAUAAAGGACCAAAUCGACUAUCAUAUCAAACGAUCUCAAUCGAAGGAUGCACUGUACACUGAAGCUCUUGAACACGCUAUUCGAUGCAAAAUGUUUAAUAAAAACUAUAGCCCGCGAGAAGACAUAAUGCAACAGAUCAAAGACUUUGUUUUAUCAAACACAUCAGGAGCACCAUGCAUCUUACACGGUGAUUCUGGAACAGGUAAAUCAUCAAUUAUGGCUCAAAUUCCUGUCGAGGUUCCAAAUUGGUUUCGAACUGAAAAUAAUACAUCGAUUUCAGUGGUCAUUCGUUUUCUUGGUACUACAUCUUUCACUAGUGACAUACGUCGACCACUUGUCUCUAUCAUACAGCAAAUCUGUACUAUCUAUGGAUUUCAGAAGCCGAUCAUACAUGAAUCAAACACUCUUCAGGAUAUAAAAGCAGACUUAGAAAAGAUUCUCGAACAGAUUCCGACGAAGGAAAAGCUCAUUCUUCUUUUCGAUUCAAUUGAUCAAUUGCGAGUUGAAGAUUACGACUGCUCAAUGUGGCUACCUGUGAAUUAUCCAAACAACGUCAAGUGCAUUGUAUCCACUAUUCCAAACCCUGAUAUGGACAAGCGAAAUAUUCUUGAAGGUCUGAAAUCUCUUUGUAGCAACGCAACGAUUAUUGAAGUAACAAAGCUUGAUGAGAACCUAGCUCAACAAGUCAUUGAAAAGUGGUUGCAGCGUGACAACCGAAGUUUAACACAGAUUCAACGAAAAUGGUUACUAUCAAAACUAGAGCCAACAUGGAAUGAACCAACUCCGUUGUAUCUCUCGCUUCUAUAUGAUAUUAGUUUGGGCUGGCACUCAUUUGACGACGAUAGAUUGACAAAUUUAAGGAGAAUAGGAUAUACAAGAGACGCCAUCGAUCAAUUGUAUGAUCAACUUUCAAAAAAGCAUGGCGAAGUGAUAUUCAGACGGGCAAUCACUUAUGUACAACUGUCAGGAGGCUUGAGUGAAACAGAACUAUUGGAUAUGCUCAGUGCUGAUGACAAAGUUCUAAAGUCUGUUUUUGUCCAUUACUUACCACCACCAGAAAUCUUUCGAUUACCAAACAUUCUUUGGAUACGCAUCCGGAAUGAUAUGCAUAAAUAUUUGGUGGAGAUGGAGGUAGACGGUACGGUCAUUCUUUAUUUGAUUGACGAUUUACCAUCGUUUAGUAGUCGUUGCCACCGUGUCGCUUGUCAUCAAGAAUCGUCCACCGGUAAAGCUGAUGCAGCACUGGUAUGGUUUGAUGUUGGCACAGCGGUUGUACUUCAUUCGUGUGACUUGUAUUUCGGCAUUACUGUUUAUUGUGCAUUGGAUAAUGGUGAAUUCCGAAAGUAUAGCGUUACAAUGAUGAGUUAUUUGCCUGGUCAAUCAAUCAUUCUUAAACAAGAUAAGAAACUGAUACAAUCAAUAAUUGACCUGCAAAUUCAUGGUGACUUCAUUGUAACACUCGACGAAACAAAAAAGUGA